AUAAUAAAUAUUUAUGAGAACAAAAUCACUAGAAACUGCGCAAGUAGAAUCUCAUGAAGAAGUAAAAGAAAUUCUCAAAGACCUAGAGAACUCUAUCCAAGAUUUAUACAGCCCAGUCAAAAGUUAUAAAGAAUCCCUUAAAUGUAAGUUAUACUCAUGGGUUGAUCAGUUGGCUUCCUAUACUGAUUCAGAGCAGCAGGAUGGCUUUGUGAAGAGUGUGGACAAUUUGUUAUCCCCUUCCGAUGAUUUGGUUAGAAUUUACUUUGAAUUUCAGAAGCAAGCGAGGAUCAAAACACAAAAUACAAGAACCUAUAUCUCAGCAAAAGGUUACAUGACUGAUGAUGUUAGCUCUCAGAUUGAUGAAAUAGUGAAGCCUUAUUACCAGAUGCUUUUUCAGCUCUAAUCUCCUCAUGGCUUUAUCUUUGCUAACAAAAAGCUUCCUCAUAAGAAUUUAAAGCUCUAC